AUGUCAGAUCAAAUAAAUGGAGCUGUUGAUGGUCGCAUUGAUGCAGAAGAUAUUCUCAUGGUUCUGAGUGAUCAUAGGUGGUAUUCCAUACUCUGUGGGAAGGUUUCAGGGAACAACAAACACAAAGUAAAUGUGCAGAACUUACACAUCGCAUCUUCCAUUGGCAUUAUUUCCCACAAAGUACCUCACACCAACAGCUUUGACCUUACCUGUGUCCAUCUCAACAGUGCAAUGAAGAUCUACACCAAACAUGACAAGCUCACAGCUGCAGUGAACUCCAUCAUUGAAAUCAUUGAUUGGCAAGUCCAUGGAAUGAAGGACUUGGCUGACAAGCUGAGGUUUGCAGCUUGGAAGGAGGCUGUGAGAAGGGUAGUGGAAGUAGUGGAUUCCAUGUGUGAAAUUGUGAGGAUGGUGCAUGAGAUCCCACUCACCAUCAUUGCAGCCAAAAGGUUCUGCAAAUGGCAUGAGAGGGUUGGACAGGAGAAUGAGGGUCUCCCAUUUCCGAAGUGGAGACUAAUCAUGCACACAGACAAGGCCACCUUUGAUGACAAUCCAUGGCUGCAGACAGUUGAAAGGCACUUCUACUUGCAGCACACUGGCUUCAAGAUGUCUACCUUCCCACCUGCUGCAGAACCAUUGUUGGAAACACUACCAAAGGCUAUGAGUUGUAAAGGGAAAGAAAAGGCAUUGGAUGCUGAAGUGAAGGUGAUGAUUGGAGAUGACAAUGGGGAGGAUGAACUGGCAGAUGAGGAUGCAGAGAUGGGAGGGGAUACCAUUCACUAUGAGCCUGCUCAGGGAUGGCCAUCAAUGCAACAAGUAGCUGCUUCUGGCUCAUGCCAGCCUGCUUGGCUGUCUCAGACACCAAAACCUAGUCAAGCAGGAGGAAGCUGA